GCGCGUGUUACUGUUAGAGGGCGAGAGAGCGAGAGAGGCACUGUAUAAUGUUCUCUCUCUACAGAGAAGGCUCUUCUGUGACAGAGAGAGAGUUAAGAGGGAACUGAAGCAGCUUGCUGAAAGGUGACAUCCACCUGCGUCCCAGCCCCAGACCUGCAGGGCUCCACAAGGUCUUCGUCCCAGAAGAAGAGGAACUCCCUUCCCAGGAGUGUGAAUCAUGUGAUGGAGAGAGUGAUGGCGAGGCACUAUGACUUUGACCUCACCUACAUCACUGAGCGGAUUAUUUCUGUCUUCUUUCUGCCUCACCUGGAAGAACAACGUUACCGUGGCAACCUACAGGAAGUGGCUGCUAUGCUCAAGUCCAAACAUCAAGAUAAGUUCCUGCUCUUAAACCUGUCUGAGAAGCGUCAUGACAUCACACGACUCAGCCCCAAGGUUGAAGACUUUGGCUGGCCCGACCUACACGCCCCUCCGCUGGAGGGGAUCUGUGCCAUGUGUAAGGUCAUGGAGACUUGGCUGACCUCUGACCCCAGCAACGUGAUCGUCCUUCACUGCAAGGGAAACACAGGGAAGAUUGGGGUCAUUGUGGGUGCCUACAUGCACUACAGCAAGAUCUCUGCAGGAGCGGACCAGGCCCUAACCACUCUGGCCAUGAGGAAGUUCUGUGAGGAUAAAGUCUCCUCCUCGCUACAACCCUCCCAGAACAGGUAUAUGUACUACUUUGGGGGUCUGCUGUCGGGGGCGAUCAAGAUGAACAGCAGUCCUCUGUACCUUCACCAUGUUCUGAUCCCCAGCCUGCCCAACUUCCAGGCAGCAAGGGGAGGUUACUAUCCUUUCCUGAAGAUCUACCAGUCUCUACAGCUGGUCUACACCUCGGGCAUCUACGACCCCCAGGGCUCCAGGGCGAGGAAGCUGUGUGUGACGCUCGAGUCUGCGCUACUGUUGAAGGGGGACAUCAUGGUGAAGUGCUACCACCGGCGGCCGCGUGGCUCAGAGAGGGAGGCGGUGUUCAGGCUGCAGUUCCACACCUGUACGGUCCACGGAGCUCAGCUGUGGUUCGGCAAGGGAGAGCUGGACCUGGCCUGUGCAGAUGACCGCUUCCCUCCAGAUGCUACAGUGGAGUUUAUCUUCUCCUACGGCCCAGAGAAAAUGAAAGGGCGAGAGUACUGUAAGAAUGACCCAUCUGUUACAGUGGACUGCAACACCUCAGACCCAGUGAUGCGCUGGGACUCCUAUGAGAACUUCAAUCUGCACCACCAGGAUAGCACUGAAGACAUCUCCCACACGCGUGGUCCUCUGGAUGGCAGCCUGUACGCCCAGGUGAAGAAGCAUCGAGGCCGGGGUUUUCGCAAUGCAUGCUCCACAGGCAACCCCACAGCCAAGCCCCCUCCACCGGCCCAGCCUCAAUCUCAACCUCAACCUCAGCCCCUGUCCCUCAGCUCCGACUCGGGACACUCCUCCACCCCCUCCGACCACAUGGAGGACCCCCCUCAUUGCCUCCUGUCCCACCUGGAGAAUGAGAAUGAGAAGGAGGUGGUGGACUGUCUACUGCGGAGGGGGGAGGGUGGAGAGAGAGACAGGGCAAUGCAGAGGGAGAGGGACCGGGAAAUGGCAAUUUUGGAUGAUGGAGACUCUGUUCCAGAAGGAGGGCUGAGGCGGGAGCAGUGGUCCUGCCACGGUCGAAGAUGUCAGAGGUGUGGGGAGGCAUCGGGUUGGGAGAGGGAGCCGUGCUUUGCUAACGGACAUUGUAUGGCCCGCUGUAACAGCAGCACCAAGGGGAACCUAAAGAGCCGAGCAUUAUCCGCCUUACCCUCCCAGCAGCCGGUGUCUCCUCGCCCCCUGGAGCCCCAUCUGGACAUGUGCCAUCUCCAUAGUGCCCAUCCCCUGCCCAAGUUGCCGUGGGAAUGUCCCCCACCCCCUUUACCCUGUCUCCAUCGGCCAUGCUACCCCUACCCCGCCCCUGAACACGCCCCCCCAAACUCCCACACCAUCCCGGCCUCCAAUAGGCUCUUCUGCGGUGGAGAGGAGUGUCGGGUCUUUCAUUACCCCGCCACCCGCCCUGCCCCACCUCGCCUCUCCCACCAAUCCCUGCCCUCCAGCCCAUAUAGGGAGAUGUUUUUCAGCCCGGCGGCUCCUCCUCGCUCUGAUGGCUGCCCAUGCCGAGACUGCACCUGCAGGCAAGAGCACCAAUCGGCUUCAGCCAGAGCCUUCCACCCGCUGUGCCCGGACCAACCAGAGAGCCUGCACUGGCCCCGAGGGCAGGACUCUGUGCUGUGGGACAGGGAUGCGGGGCUGAGGCGGGGGAGGGAGGGGCCUUCUCAACUAUGGGAGCCAGAUAAUUCGUGGGAGGCGGAGAGAGAGGCAGAGUUUUGGCAACGGAGUUCAGUGAGAGGGAUGUCACCCUAUGUAGGUUGUCACUCCCCCCUGGGUCAGGGUCCCGGGUACCCCAGCCCCCAACCCCUCCUGGACAACCCCGGUGGCAGCAGUGGGUACAACACACCCCUACCCCCCUGCCACUCCUACCCUUGCUCUCCCUACCAGCAGGACCCCCCCUCGGAGAGCCACGGGAGCCCGAGGUAUGCCUCGGGGUACCAGUCUGGGUCCACCUUACCCCUGCCCCCUGGUAGCCCAAACCCUGGUGACUCCCAAUCGGAACCACCCACCGACUUGCAGCAACAGACUGAAACUUGUGCAUCAUAUGUGGUGCAAAGCAGUGUGGGUAUGGAGGACUCUUCUUCCCAGGGGUCGCUGGGGCAAAGUGAGAGGAAGCCAGAUGAACAGACAUUUGACGACACUGUAGAAGGUUCCCCCCUGAGUCCUCCAGAUGGUCGCCAGGAGCCAAGUCAAGGGCCCCAGCAGAUAGAGCCCCUCAGUGGGACCCCCAUUUCUGCAGAGCCAGCCUCCACCUCCACCAUCCUGGAGCUUAACACCAGUAGUAACAGUAGCACGCCGGAGAUCGAAAGGACACCGCACCAAGCUGUAAAAUCCACAACCACACCAUCGACAGAUUCACAAAAGCAAGGCAGUGACAGCUGUUCUAAAGAGUCCAUACAGAAGCUGAGUGAAUGUGUGAACCCUAGUGACUCACAACAAGUGCACAUGGAGGUGCACACUAUAAGUGCAAGUGUGCAUCCACCUCCCACUACAGCUGAGGAUGGGGAAUUGAAGGUCGCGGAGAAAGUACUAGAGAUGUCCACUCAGACGGCUGCUGUCCCGAGCUCAAGGCAUUCAAUCGUCCCUGUCCAAGUGAAACUCAAUGGCAGCGGCUCACCCCAAUCAGGAAGAGGCUGCAGUGCAUCACCGAGCCCUUGCUCUGCCCCUCCCUCACCACACCUUUACAUUGGCUCCCCAGAGCGACGUCCCUCCCCUCAGCCCUCUCCAUUGGCCAUGGACCCAGCUGGGCGAAGACUUACCCCUGUGAGUGACAGUGACCCCAAAACCCCAUCCCCUGUCCCUGACAACACCCCCACCUUCCCCCUGGCAUCCUACUACUAUCCCCUUCUCAACAUCCCCCACAUCCCAUACUCGGGGUACACCGCUGUCACUAUCCCCGCCGCCCAGCCCCCACUCCCCGAAAAGAGGCGCCUGUCUUCCAUGCCAGGGUACCGCAGCGGGCAUGGCUCCCAGUCCAUCCUGAGUUCCUCCCUGGGUGCCAUAGGACCCAUGGGUACCUCUCCCCAAUCUAGCCCCCUCCACGUCACUGUCUCCCCCUCGGUGGGGGUGGGGGGACUGACGCCCCCUAUUGUCAGAGAGGAAAGCAGCAAAGUCAAAUCCAAGUUUGUACAGGACAGCUCCAAGUUCUGGUACAAGCCUGGCAUCUCCAGAGACCAAGCCAUCGCUGUAUUGAAGGACAAAGAGCCCGGCUCCUUCCUGAUCAGGAACAGUAACUCCUUUCAAGGGGCCUACGGUCUGGCCCUCAAGGUGGCCAGCCAUCCUUCAAACAACAUCAACAACAACAUAGUGGUUGAUCAGGAGCAUCUGGUCAGACACUUCCUCAUUGAGACAGGCUCUCGCGGGGUCAAGAUAAAGGGCUGUCAGAAUGAGUCCUAUUUCGGAAGUUUAUCUGCCUUGGUGUACCAGCGCUCACUCAGCCCUAUCUCCCUGCCAUGCGCUCUAUGCAUCCCUGAGAAAGAUCUAGUCGGAGAGCUGCAAAGUGUCAGCAACACCAGUACGGCAGCUGACCUCCUGAAACAGGGCGCAGCCUGUAACGUGCUCUACCUAAACUCUGUGGAGACAGAGUCACUAACGGGGCCUCAGGCUGUCUCCAAGGCGACCAGGUACACUCUGACCCAGAGCCCUCAGCCCAUGACCACCAUGGUCCACUUCAAAGUGUCCACUCAGGGCAUCACACUGACCGACAGUCAAAGGAGACUCUUCUUCAGGAGACACUACCCCAUCAACAGUGUGACCUUCAGCAGCGUGGAUCCUCAGGACAAGAGGUGGACUAAUUCUGAUAACAAGUCAAGCAAGGUGUUUGGUUUCGUGGCCAGGCGGACUGGCAGCACAUCGGAGAAUGUGUGUCACCUGUUUGCCGAGAUGGACCCAGAGCAGCCGGCUGUGGCCAUCGUCAACUUCAUCAACAAGGUCAUGCUGGGGUCCCAGCAGCAGCAACGCAGAUGAGUUAGGACUCCCAGGGGCCACAGAGAAAGGGCAUAACUUGGUAUAAAUCGGUGUGUGGAAGGAAAUUGGUGGUUUGGGUAUGUGUGUUUUUGCAUGUUUGAAGACAGCUGUCAACUGGUGAGGAACCGGAUUGGGCACAUGUCCUUCAGGACGGUAUAUUACAAAGGUACAGAAUAACUUUUGAGGUGAUAGCUUUAAGCUUUUCCUCUACAAUUGAGUGGAUUAACACCACCUCUGCCAGGGGAGAUUUUGCAUUUCAUUAUUUUGUAACGUCAAUUCAGUUACUGUUUGCCAUCACCUUUCAUUUAUUCAUGACUAUGAAGUAUUUGUCAUUUUAAAUAGGAAAGCCUUGUAAAAGCCUGUACGGUGUCAAUGACUACCCAGUUUGCACACAUGCACAUAUGGAAAAUCACUUGUUUUGUUGGUCAGUAUUAUGUUACCCAAUGUCUGUAUAGUCAACCUCUUUGAAGAGAAAACAGUCCGGAAGGCAUGGAUUGUGUAUGUGGGCCAUUCAGAGGGUGAAUAGACAAGACAAAAAAUGUAAGUGCCUUUGAACAGGGUCUGGUAGUAGGUGCCAGGCACACCGGUUUGUGUCAAGAACUGCAACGUU